AUGGGAUUGCCUAAGACACUUAUACUAAUAGUAACAGAAAAAUAUAUGAUUGUUACAAAUAUCAAUACAGAAGACGGUAUUGUUAAUGGCGCUAUUGUAACUGUUAGUGGUAAAGAAGUUGCCCAUAGAGUGUGGAUAAAAUUUGAUGAACCAGAAGUAGGUUCAAUUACAAGACAAAAAGUUAAAGGGAAGUUGUCCCCUCAAGGAGAAGUAUUUGACGACUGGUCUUACUGGACACCUAUUGAAAUUACGCAUUUGGAAUUUCAAAUUGGUAACUCAGAGAACCGGAAAGUUACUCGAACACAAUUACCUUUGAUUGAGGCAUUGGCCUUGACUGUUCAUAAAUCGCAAGGGGCAACUUAUGAAAAUGUUGCAUAUCAUGUGCCUAAAAAGUAUUUACUGUGCAACAUGCUUUAUGUUGGAUGCAGUAGAGCAACAUCGGCUAAAGGCUUGAGUGUAGACUAUUUUCCAUCUAAUCCGCCAAAACCGACUGUUAAAGUCAAUGCUGAAAUGAUUAGACUGCGAUCUUGUGCAAUUAAACCUAAAUUUGAAUUUUUGGCAUCAGAUAAUCACUUAAUAUAUUGUGUUUCACACAAUAUAAGAUCAUUGAACAAAUAUGUUGAACACAUUCUUGCUGAUAAAAUACUAUUAAAAUCAAAUUUACUAUUUUUCCAAGAAACUGGAUCUACAGAUUCUGAUUUUUAUAAUAUUGAAGGUUUCACAGAGACAUGUAGGAUCAAUAAAGUGCAUGACAAUGGCAAAAGUGGUUCAAUAUGUUUUAUUAACAAUAAUAUACGUCACAUUCUCAAGUCAAGUGAACCUUCAGUUAUUACUCAUAACAAAGAACACAUGGAAAUUAUUCAUGUUAUCCUUGACAAUUACACAUAUGUCGGAUUAUAUGUUUCGCCUAAAUUUCCUACAAACAAAAUGUGUGAAUGUUUAAAAAAUAUCAUUGGUAUUAAUGAAGAAAACAUAAUUUUUAUUGGAGAUUUCAAUAUAAAUUUCUAUAAAAUCCCAAAUGUUUUAAAUAAAACUGUAAAAGAAAUGAAUUAUAAAAUACUUGUCAAUGAAAUAACAACAGACUAUGGAACUUGUAUUGACAAUGUCAUAACCAACACUGAUUUUAAUGUAAUUGUUUAUGAAAAUCUAGUGAGUGACCAUAGACCUUUGAUUUUAGUGGACAAAGGAACAAAAUUUCCUUCUCGAUCUAUCAACUUGGAAAGGAUUGAUAACCAUUCUAUACCACCACUGAAUGAAAAACUACUCUCCUCAGAGAAUUUAAAUAAACACAUUGAAAAUUCAUUGCAAAUAGUUGUUCACGAUAAAGAUGAUAACCCUCUUAUUGAAACUGAAGAUAUGGAAAGUAUUGAAGAUAUGUUUAAUCGUUCAAUGAGCAUUACUGAUGACAAUAACCAUUCAGAUGUAUCAAUCGAAAAAAAAAAUAGUGUGAAAAAUAAAAUAAAUAAAUGUAAUAUAAAGAUUUCUAGAAAAAUCGUUGGAUUUACAAAUAUGGAUAAUGUAUCAUGUUAUGCAAACUCUGUUAUUCAAGCUUUAUAUCAUUGUGAUAAGUUAGUAAGUGCAAUUCAUAAAGGUAAAAUUGGAGAAAAAUUGAAACAACAGCUUAUUGGCUAUGAAGCAAAUAAAGAAACUAAUACGUUUGAAAUAAGAAAAUAUGUCGAUGACACUUUAAACAACACGAUUUUUACUAGAAAUGAGCAACAAGAUUGUGUAGAAUUUAUGGUAGCUUUAAUGAAUUGUAACCGUAGUAUAUAUGAUAUCUUAUUUAGUUUUACCGAAAGUUGUAUAAGCUACUGUGAUAAUUGUAAAAAUGAAAUUUGCAGUCAAGAGGAACGAAAUCUUGUGAAACGUUUAGAAUUACCAUCUAAUCGUCAACAUAGUAUAGAGCUAGAAAGUCUAUUUGAAUUCAAUAAAAACAAAUGGAUAUCCAUUGCUGAUUAUAUUUGCCAAAACUGUAAUCAAAAAGGAGGUUUCAAAAGACAACAUGAAAUAAUAAAAGCGAAUGAUUACUUAAUAUUACAAUUAUCAUUAUUCAAUUCUACUUGGAUAAAUGAUCAAAAUGUAAUUAACAAAAUAACAGAUAAGAAGUUGAAAAAUAUUUCCAAAGCUCAAAUUACAAUCAAAAAUUCUUUUUACAAGCCUUUAGCUACAAUAUUUCAUUUGGGCGAUGAUACUAAAUCUGGUCAUUACACCGUAUAUUUAAAAGAAAAGUCCAAAUGGGUAUGUUUUGAUAGAGGUUGUUAUUUAAGAACUUAGACGACACAAGGUUUCUAAAAUGGCGUGAGCCGUAGUUUAUUGUUUAGGUUAUAACACAAGAAGAAAACCAAAAGACUACUAAUUAUUGAAAAUGAUAACUAGGUGGUAAGGUUCACAGUAGUAAGCUGAUUUGAAAGUAAACACUAAAAAAUAUGAGUAUUCGUAGCGAAAGUAUUGAGAGCACCCAAACAAACGAGGACCGAGAGAAAAGAAUCGCACAUCAAGGUGUCACGGAGAUAACUAACUGGACGUAUUAUUGCGGCGGGGUAUGCGACGCUAGGCAUUUGUUGGACUUUACACCACGGCGAUAACGCGUGUGUGUGACGGUCCGGUUUACAGUUAAGCGGUGGCUGAGAAGGAGCUGACACGACCGCGGGGUGUCAACGUGUGACAACGCCGUGGCCGUGUCAGUUGUAAUGAUAAAAAUAUAUCUAAAAAGAGAUGGCCAAGUAAUGGAAAAGGGGCGUACUUAAUUAUUCUAAAAAAAGAUAAUUUAUGUGUCAAAAUAUCAACAAAUCCAUCAAAAGAAAGCGAACCUAAUAUAUUGUUGGACAAUACAGAUGAUUUAUUGCAAUCAGAUAUACACGAAGAAGAUGACGACGCUCUUAUGGUGCCUGAAGAUGUAAAAACAAUAGGAGAUUUGUUCAAUCAGUCAUUAAGUAUUACUGAUGGCAAUGAACAAAUAGAUAUAAAAAGUUAUACAAAUUUAAUUUCAAAAAAAUUUAAUGAAAAAAAUGUCUUUAAUCGAGUGUAAUAUAAAAAUUGAUUGUAGCUGUAAAAAUCCAUUGUUAAAAUCAAAGGAAACCCAAAAUCAUGUUUUAAGAAAUGAUUUAUAUAUUAACAU